ACGGGAUAACGGGAGGACGACAUCACACAGCCAUCGCCGGCCGGAAGCUCUCAGCUCUGAGCAGAAGGAGGCGGGUCGUCACACGGUCACACACCCGUCAGCAUGAGCGACCGCAGGUACGGGUACUCGUACCCGCCGCCCCAGGGGUACUACAACAACGGACCACCGGUGAUGGCGCCGCCGCCGUACCAGUACGCAGCUCCUCCACCGCCGAGGAGGGAGCCGAGCUUCCUUGAAGGAUGUCUCGCCGCUCUGUGCUGCUGCUGCCUCAUAGACGAGUGCUGCUGCGACCCGUCGGUGAUAUUCGUGAGCUGAUCCGGCCGCAGUCCGCAGCACAUGCCAUGCCACCGUCCCAGCCCAAGAGACAUGUCGCAUGCAUACGUGUGUGUUCGCAUGCACUUCGCGCCUCUGUUGGUGAUAUAUGAUGUUUUUUUCAGCCUAUAUGUGUCUACUACGUUGAAUUAGUACAAGCGGUGAGUUGUGCGUUCAGAUCUCGGGGUUAGAGAGUUUGUUGGACAUGGCCCGAUCCAGAAUUCCAUAUGCUGAUCAUGGAUCCGGCGCAUGUUUACUGCAUAUGCACUUGUUUAAGCGCAACGCAACACGAUGUAUAUGUGUGUACGAAAUCUUUGAAUAAGGCCUCCUUUGGUUAUAUGG